AAAAUAACCUCAUCUCAUUCUCAACCUGUAAGGACCAAGUGGGGCCAGAAACAGUCUCAAUAAUGUAAAUUUCAUAAUUGCCACUCACAGGUCUACAGAACAAAACUAACAAAAAAACCUUCACACAUCUCACGCAUCUCACACAUCUCACACAUCUCUGAAAUUCCGUUCUCUCUCUCUCACAGUGCAAAAGCUAUGUACUCCAACCUCUGCCUCACCGCCACCGCAGUCGCCGCCAUAUUCGCCCUACUCGCCAUCAGCACCACCAGAUUUUCACCGCCGCCGCCGGAGACUCUCGAUGAACCGAACAUAGAAUAUUUGUCAAUUGACGGCGGUGUAGGGCCGGAGAGUUUCGCCUUCGACAGCGCCGGCGGAGGACCUUACACCGGCAUCUCCGACGGUAGGAUUAUCAAAUGGCUGCCUGAUAAACAACGGUGGAUCGAUUUCGCCUUUACUUCUCCAAACAGAACAGGUUGUGAAGAGGAGGGAGAGAAAGAGGAGGAGAGAUGUGGGAGACCAUUAGGGCUCCGAUUCAAACACGGCGACGGGGAUCUGUACAUCGCCGACGCCUACAUGGGAUUGCUUCGAGUCGGCGCAAACGGCGGUUUAGCCAAACCAGUUGAAUUCGAGAUGGAGGAGGACCAGGUUUUGGGGUUCCACUCUUUCAGCUUCGCCAACAGUUUGGACAUUGAUCAACUCUCUGGACAUGUCUAUUUCACCGAUAGCUCUUCCCACUAUCACAGAAGGAACUUCGCGUCGGCUAUAUUAAGUGGAGACAGUUCAGGAAGGCUAAUGAAAUAUGAUCCAAAAUCCAAACAACUAAGCCUUCUGUUGGGAAACCUUUCAUUUCCGAACGGAGUGUCACUGAGCAAAAACAGGGAUUUCCUUCUACUCGCGGAGACCACCAAGUGCAGGAUUCUCAAGUACUGGCUGGGGACGGGCAAAGCCGAGGUGGUGGGGGAGCUCCCGGGGUUCCCGGACAACAUCAAGAGGAGUCGUAGUAGUAAAGGAGGGGGGUUUUGGGUGGGAAUUCACUCCAGAAGAGGAGGGGUGUUGAGGUUCAUCCUGUCUCAGAGUUGGAUAGGGAAGGGGUUAGCGAAGCUUCCUUUGGACGUGGACAAGAUCUAUAGCUAUUUGGGGAAGUGGAUAGGGAGAGGUGGGGUUGGAGUGAGGGUUAGUGAGGAAGGUGCAGUAAUGGAGAUUAUUGAAGGUAAAGCAGAGUUGAGAGGGAGAAGUUUUUCUGAAGUGGAAGAGGGAGAGGAUGGGGUUCUUUGGAUUGGCUCUAUUAAUUCUCCUUUUGCAGCAAAGAUCAAUGUUUCAAAAUAUUAAUUAAUUGGUUGUUUGGCGGGUAGGGUGUGUUUAUCUUGCUACUUCAGUUUAAAACAUAAUCUGUUUGCUAAACUACAUGUACAAUCGAUCCAGCGAUUAAUAAACUUUCGUUCUUUCAA